AAAAAAACAACUUUGACAUGAUGGUUUUAUAUUUGUGUCGGACAGAAAUACGUCGGGAGCUACGCCGGUGAAGAAUUUAUUUCAAUUAUCAUGAGCAAGCUCAGUGGUCUCGCUCCGCGCUGUCGCUAGUUGUAGACACAUACUCUAUCUUCACUUUCCAUGCGACGGAACGUUGCUCGCUAGUGCCGUGCUCCAAAUAAUGGUUUCCAAUGAAUCAGUGACGUCUCGAUACGCAACCUUGGAUAUUAUGGUUACAAGAAAAGGUGUAUUUUGAAAAUAUAUCUAGUGUUUUCGUGUUGAAAACUUGUUUGUGGUAUAAGUUAACUGUGUUGUGGUGUUGUUAACGUUGUGGUGUUGUUGAAUCGGUGUUAUGUCGGGUGGAAGGAGUUUGGAGAAGGAGCGUAAGUCUCCUCGGGAAAGCGGAGAGGAUUCGGAAGAUGAGAGUGAAAUCUUGGAGGAGAGUCCUUGUGGGAGAUGGCUGAAGCGUCGGGAAGAGGUGGAACAGCGAGAUGUCCCCGGCAUCGACUGCGCGCACCUCGCAAUGGACACAGAAGAAGGCGUGGAAGUCGUCUGGAACGAGGUUCAGUUCUCCGAGAGGAAAAACUUCAAGGCCCAGGAGGAUAAGAUACAGAUGGUGUUCGAUAACCUGACCAGGCUAGAACACCCCAACAUAGUCAAGUUCCAUCGGUAUUGGACAGAUACACACAAUGAUAAGCCCAGAGUGAUAUUCAUAACAGAAUACAUGUCUUGCGGCUCCCUAAAACAGUUUCUGAAGAGGACGAAACGCAAUGUCAAACGACUGCCACUCCAAGCGUGGAAGAGGUGGUGUACACAGAUUUUAUCGGCGCUAAGCUACCUCCACGGCUGCGUGCCCCCCAUAGUCCAUGGGAACCUCACGUGCGACACGAUCUUCAUCCAGCACAACGGUCUGGUGAAAAUCGGCUCCGUGGCCCCGGACGCCAUCCACCACCACGUCAAAACGUGUCGGGAGAAUAUGCGGAACAUGCAUCUUAUUGCGCCGGAGUAUGCUUCAUCCCAAAUGGUGACCCCAGCCAUGGACAUAUAUUCCUUCGGCAUGUGCGCAUUGGAGACAGCGGCAUUAGAGAUUCAGGGCAACGGGGAUUCUGGGAGUCAUGUCACGGACGAACAUAUCGCGCGCACUGUUGAAUCGCUUGAGGAGCCGAGGCAAAAGGACUUUAUUUACAGGUGUAUAAACAAGGACCCAGCACAGAGGCCAACGGCGCGCGAGCUCCUCUUCCACCCUCUACUCUUCGAAGUUCACUCACUGAAGCUACUCGCUGCGCACACGCUUGUCAAUACCUCAGCAAAUAUAUCGGAAACGAUAACGGAUGAGGUAGUCGGUUCGAAUGGCGAAGCGCUCGCCACGUGUGUUCUCAGUGGGGAGUUACACGAGAUUACAGUUCGAGAUCUACCUCCGCACCAGGAGAAACUCGAGAAAUUCGUCGAGGAUGUCAAAUACGGCAUCUACCCGCUGACGGCGUACGGGUACCGCAGCAGCAACGGUCGCGCCGCCUCCCCGCUGGCGCCCGACCCCGCGCCCGCCGCGUCGCCCGAGCCGCGCGACGUGGAGACGCGCCGCGUCGUCAACAUGAUGUGCUCGCUCAAGCCGCACCAGCCCGGCCAGCCCCAGGACGACGGCGCGCAAGACCAGGACCUGCUGAUGACGAUCCUGCUGCGCAUGGACGACAAGAUGAACCGCCAGCUCACCUGCUGCGUGUCGCGCCGCGACUCCGCGCCCAGGCUCGCGCACGAGCUUGUGCAGCUCGGGUUCAUACAUGAGUCUGACCGCGACAAACUGUGUCGGCUCAUGGAAGAGUCCCUGCGCAGCUCGUUCGGUGCGCGCGCGCAGCUCGCCAGCUAGUGCGCACUGUCGCGCCGCCAGACACCACGCCACACUCCAGUUACAAGGUAGACUUACCUAAUGCAAUGCUACGAGAAACACCGUUUACAGCGCAACGCAACGAGCACAACACCGUUUGUCACCGUGAGGUGCUCAUAAUACAAGUGGUUAUCGUACUGUAUUUGUCACCGUUAUAAGUGCGAACAACUACGAGUAGUUGUUACCGUUAUGUGAAUGAUCGUGCUCUGGUUACAACUAUGAGGUAGUUUUUUCUUUGAGCGCGAGCAGAAAAGACAAUUAGAGAAGAGUCGAUCUGAAAAUUGCUUUCAUAUUUACCAUUGGGGUAAAUUAAUAACGAAAAUCGAUGUGACGAGUAUGCGCUAAACAUCUACAAUGGAUAGUUUCUUGUUAAAUUGGCACGCAUGUUGUAAAUUUAGUGUAAUAUCAGCGUAUCACAUCUUAAAUAAAAUGCCCAUAUUCGUGACGAGUGACAACGACAGUCUGACGUCUGAUAUGAAUGAAGAUUUGGAAAACGCGGCUUAAGUUGUCACUGUGGAAUAGAAGAGAUUGACAUGUGUCAAUUGAUAAAUUAUUGAAAGAUACUUAGAAAAUUAUCGAUAGCAAAAACUUAGAUAACUUACGAUUUAUCUGUAAUAACAUCCUGCUGUUCAUCAAUGGCUACUUAAGAUGUGAUGCCUCAAAAUUUCGUUCUUACGAAACGAUCUACAAUAAUAACAAAGUCAUUUGUUUACAACCUUUUAGCAAAAUAGUCUAAAACUAGGCGUGUCUGGUGAAUAUAUUAAAUUAUCUUAUAAUGUUUGCAUACGUAAACAGAAUGCCUAAACCCACGGAAGGAACGAAUUUUUUGGGCUGGUACCAAGGUAGGCUGGUGUUCCUACCAAUGUAUUAUAAACCUUUAGGCAUGGUUAUUAGGACUAUUAUUGUAUAUGUUAUCCGUGGGUAAUCAAGUGGUAUUGUUUAACCAUGAUCCUGUUUCAUAGUUUAGACAAUAGAUUCUCACCUUCAGCCGAUUCUAACUAAGUCUGAACUUGGUAGGUCAACAUUCUAAUAAUUAAUUAGGAAAAAGAUAAAUUAGAGCGAUUGAGCCAUACGUUCUGACCAUUUUGUCUACUAUGUAAACGUUUUUUCGUUUACAUAGUAGACAAAACUUUCAGGUAUAGUUAUAAAAAAUCAAUUAAAAUCUUCAUUCAUAGUUGAAAUCGGUUUUUAAAAAUAUUCCAUCAAGUAGUGAGUAUAAAAAGGCACAGGUAUUCAUUUGUAAACUUUAUUUGAAGUCUACAAAUAGUUACUUCAGUCACUUCAGUAUCAUAGUUAAAAUGAAACAGUGGUCCAACAUCGCUUUUGGAUUGACGUGUGAAUGUUAUUGUUAUAUUUAGGUUAUCACUAGCUGUUUAAUGUCUGACACCUUUAAGCUUUACUACGGGGCUAUUAGUUAACUGGCGAAGAGAUCCAACUCCUAUUUUCGUAACAUGACAACCGAACAGUUAUAUUGACCAUUCGGUUUACAUUGUGUCGACAAAUUAUAAAAUUGUCUCUCGACAAAUCAGAUCAACUCCGUUUGUCACCGUUAAGUUCACCAUGAAAUGUAAAUGGGAUGUCUUGGUGACAUGUCUGUCAUGUCACUGUUUUAAAAGAAUGGCUUAUCCUCUGAUCGGUGCUGAAUUUUAAAUCUUUAUCCCUGUAAACGCCUAUUGUGUACGACGCGUCAUUGUGUACCUUGUCGGGAUUUAAGAAAGUUGAUAUUGAGCUGUAUACGCGAGCGUCAGUUGACGUCUUUGGCGGUUAAAGCAUUAAGGGUAAAUGAAUAUUAGAAAGCAGAGGAUGUACCGGAUGUCUUCGUCAUUUAAUCAUGAGCCGCUCUGCCAUUGGCGCUAAAUAUCCUCUGAUACUUCCGAUGCACCUAGGCUAAGGUUGGAACGGCGAGUUGGCUUAAUCGCAACUUGUUACUUUUAUUAAAACACUGGGCUAUAAGAGAGAGUUAGCGUACUAGGUGUCUUUCGAAACAUACAGUUUAAUUGAUUCUAUAGAUUGAUUUCGAAUUGAAUUGAAAUUAAAUUAGUCGUCAAUCCUGAUAAAUCACUGUAAAUGCUAGAUACAUAUAGUUGCGAUUGACGAUUGAAUAUAAAUCAAUCGACGAUAGCAAUUAAUAUAAAUUCAUUAAUCGCAAUUGACGAAUUAUAGUCAAUUUCUGCCAUCAACGGUGACCUGCUAAUGGUGAUAUGACGUAAGUUAGAUUUUUAGAGCUUGUAUAAGCCUAUUUUUAAACCACUGAGAAUAUUUUUAGCGAAAACUUGUAUCAUCUACCCAUGACUCUUUCAAUGUUAAAUUCUACGGUAUAUCUAGGCUUUCUCUCCUAUAGAUUGAGUUUGUUUAAAAGAAGCAAAUUGUGGUUGUGCAUACUCGUUGUUGUUAAACGUACUCGCUUAGUGUAGUUAAACCGUAUUCAUGUAAUGCUAGUCGACGGGCUUUUACACUGUUUGCUGAUUUUUAAAUAGUUAAUUUUACAAAUCUAACACCGUCCAAUAAAAGUUGAAAGCAAAGAGCUGAUUGUAGAAGUGUUGUAAAGUCUAAAAAAAUGUGACAUCGAGUUUGACAGAUAAAGUAGAUGCAACUAUAGUUACUUGAAAAUGUAACCGUAAAUAUAUACUGCCGGCGGUUUGUAGAUCCGUACAUACCGCCGUAGUUACAAAUUCAAUUCAAAGUGCGAAAUUUUGUCCUCCGUAAAUAGUUUCUGUUUAAUAAUAUUUUCUUGUUUUAUUUUAUAUUUUAAAACCGCUUCUAAUGUUAUACAUAAUGUUGUCUGUCAGUCAGUGUAAAAGCCUUUCGACUAUAGUAUAAUAGGGUCUUAUGAAGAGAUUUUUGUAUCGCCGAAUUGUGUAUUUUUAAUACGAAUGAAGUCAACUCUUUGUAUGUAAGUGUUAUGUAGGUAUUCGUAACAUUUGCCGUUAUUUCAAGGGACGCGGGGUGAAUAGAAAUAUUUCGUAUCGACUGAGUAUUAAAAAUUUUUUGUUUGGGGCUAGUUGCCUUUUUUACAGUUUGACAUUAUAUAGUAAAAUAAAUAUAAAAUAAUUUGUUUUAAUUUUUUGCCGAAAUGGUUGCUCGUUUCGUUUUUUCCUUUUGAUUUGUUGUAAUGUGUAACUGCUUACUCUGGGGUGAGGUUUUUAUAAUUUUUUGUUGUUAUAUGUAUACGUCGUUGUUAAUUGUAUAAUAUGUAUAUAAUUUGACAUUUUCAAGCUUGUAUAGUUUCUCACCUACCUACUCAUAAAAAUACAAUAUUUCAAUAAUUAUAGUUGGUCAUACUCAAACCAAAUUGUCAGUAAAUAAGAACAAAAAUAAACUAUACUCAUCCUUUUCUUUUGGGUGCUAGUACUAGUGUAAGACAAAGGUAGUAUGAUUCUCUCUGUCUAUGUUUGAAAUGAGACAGUCCUUUGACAAACUAUAAAAACCAACUCCUUAUUAAGUUGUAUUUCCUUCAAAAGCUUAAGAUAACAUUCAAAGAGAUAUAAAGAAAGAAACAGUACUUAGUUCAUACGAAAUACUUUUUAUUCUGUCGCGAAAUCGCACUUGGUCACAUUAAGAACUCCUAGUCUAAAUUUCAUUCGUGCGUUAAGUGUCAUUUUGUAUGGGAUUUUGAACAGCGUGCCAAGCGGGACGUUUUGGAAAAUCAAAAUUCCAUACAAAAUGACUUAACGCAGACGCGUACGUCACGCUAUCGAAUAAAAUUUACACUUAACUCAAAAUCCGUCUUAGACGUAUUCUAAGUAUACGUUUUCAACCAAAAGGUACCAAAUUGUCGGUAGUCGAUAAGGUUGAUUUCAAAUUGAAGCUAUAUGGAAAUAUCGGCUUAUUGACAACCGACAGUAUCCUUUUGAUUGAGAAUGGCACAUAUGCUAGCGGAAUCUAAAUGGGUACAAAAACCUGCGAAAAUGCGACCACUUUAUUAUCCGGAUAUCGAGGCAUAGAGUUAUUUUAUAGAAAAUUGAUUCUGCUAAAGCAAUUGCAGUAUUUUAGAAUUUAAUUUUAACUUUAUAGGUACCUUUAAGUGUAUAAAUACAUAAAAUGCAAAUGUCAAAUACGGAACGACUAUUCGCUCUGUAUUUAAUCUAUGUCACUAAAGUAAGGAGGCUAAACACGAUGAAUUUCAUACAUGGACUCGCCAUUUCCUAUCUCUGUCGCACGCGCAUUAUUAUAUGACUGUCCCGCUCGCACAGUGGCAUUGACCGCCGGCAUUAUCGACGGGACAGUCGUGCUUAGGGUCCUAACUUUACUUGCAAAUCUAAACCUUAACGUGUAGAGAUAAAGUUCAUUUUGAAAUACCUGAAUAUACUUUGCCUCGAUUCCUAUGGUCUCAGCUAGUCAGCUCGCCAGUAUUGGCCAAAAGGCGGUCUUCACAUUGGAUGUGCGAGUAGGACAUCGCUAUAUACGUGUAUAGUGCUGUCUCACUCACACACUAUGGUGACCGCAGAACGUUGGUUCAAAACGUGCAUUAGUGUGAUAUAACGGCUAAGUAUCGUGAUCGAACCGUGCAUUAACCCCUUUACUAGUCGAUUGUGAAUCUUAUUCCGAUAAUAAUUAAAUUUAUUUUUAAUUAAAUUAUUAUGUUGGGAUAUGCAAUUUUGCUUGAUAUCUUGCGAAAAAAAAACUAGCUUGAUCCACAUUUAUCCCUAGUUGUAGGUAUUUUUGUAUAUCCUAACAAAGUAACAUAGAAAAUAAUAGUUUCCAAUUGGUACGCUUUCAAAAUUGUAUAAAAUAUAGAAAAUUUUGUAAAUUAUAGCGAAAACUCGGAAAGGUUCAUAGUGAUUAGUCUGAACAUCGAGAAUGCUUUAGCUUAGGAUUUGUAUGGACGUGUAAAUGAUAUUUAAAAAAAAUAUUUAAUUGAAAAAAAAAACAUACAUUAAUUAUAAUAUUCGUAUAGUGAGGCUUCCUCUAGAGCUUUAUGGAUGUGGUUUUGUAAGUAUACGGAAAAUUGAGCAUACUCACUGUAGAUUAAGGUUUUAAUUUGUUUGAAAUUAGCAGCCUACUUAUUUUUUUAAAUUUAUUUACAUAUCACUAGACAUUUACUGUCUUCUAAAGGUUGGCACCUUUGGUUUUUCUUUUUUUCUUCGCUACAGAUUAAAAAUAAAACUUCUACAGUGUUGCCAACUUGAAACAGUUUUAGGCCAAUUCAACGCGUGAUGUUGCAUUUAUACAAAUUUGUUCUGCUUUAAUUUAUAUAUUUAAAGACAUACGGUGCUAGGUAUAUAUGUAUAUGUACACCGUUUUGAAUUUAUUAACACUUUUUUUUAUUUUCCUUUUUUAUUAAUUUAUUUUAUUCAGUUAAAAAGAGACCUUAUUUUUUAAAUAUUAAGGUUUCAUUUUCAACUACUGAAUCCGAAUACAUCGCCACAAAUUACAUCAUUUAGGAGCUGAUUAUUUUACCACAUCAGGAUUUGUCCUUUGCUAGCAAAAUACAUAUGUUUUAAGUACACAUUCUGAUAGUUCAAUUUACUUUGCACGUAUCGUAAAUUCAAUUUCAUUGUGACGUGAUCGAUGGAAAAUUUCGGGAACAUGUCCUUUUUUUCCUUAUUAUGUAAUAUUGUGGUAUCUUUUGUCGAAAAAUAUUUAAACAUUCUAGAACUUCACGUUGUUCCUUUCUUUGUUAUGUUUUGGUGCUUGUUUUUUUUUUGUUUUAUAAUGUAACUAGAGUUAGACCAAGAAAAGUCUGCAACGAUUUUCAUAACAUACGCACUGCAAUUGUUAUUUUAAACGUCAAACUUCUAUGAAAUUAUGACGUAUAAAUAACACUUGCACUGCGUAUGCUAUCAAAAUCGUUGCAGACAUUUCUUGGUCUAACUCUAUUAAUUGAUUUUGAAUUAGCUAGUGGUGCCAAAAAUACUAGGUGCCAACGUGAACCCUAAUGAUCCCUCCAGUUUUGUUUCAAAAUCAUAAACUGACUUCCACUGCUUUAAAAGUUAGACUAUUGUAAACUAGAUGGCGGUAGUAGUACUCUUAAUAACAGCUGAUACUAUUGGUAAAAAAGUGAAAUGAAAUGUUAAAUAAGUACCGCCAUCUGGCGUCAUGAAGGAUAACUUAGUUUAAUAAAUGCAAUAUAAAUUAUCUGCUUAACGUUACAUCUUGAUUUUUAACUAAAAAGUUAAAUCAUAAAUAAAAUAGUGUUUUCAUCGAAGUUUUAUUAAUGUAUUACCUAAUUUUAUUUCUUGUGAAUUUAUACACAAAUAUAUUUUUGUUUUCUGUCUUAGUAAUAUAUUUAAAAAUUCUACUUGCAAACCUCAACGUCAAAUUAUAUGUUAAGAAACUUCGAUAAAAACUGCCGUAUAAGCGUAAAAGUGUUAAAUAAUACUAAUUAGUAUUAAAGGUGAUUGUUCAAUAAUUAUUUUACGAAUAAUCAUUUUUUCUACACUGCCAUAUUGUGCAACAUGUGUAGUCUAAGAAAAAAAGUGCACUGGAGCUUAAGAUGGCGCCACGUUUUAUGGUAACUAAGGUAACUGUCAAACGUAACCUUUUGACAACUAGAGCUACCGAAAUUGCAUUAUUUACGGACCAUACAGCGCCAUCUAUAAUAACUGUGUUUUUUCCUUCGUAUAUGACAUGUAUUUCAGUUUAAUAACUGUCCAAUUCGAAACACGACUAACACCAGUUUAUUUUAAACUAACGGCCUGAUUCGAACCUUAAGAUACGUAAUGCGGGCUCACUCGUCGAGAGCCUCGCCAAGAGUCUCGUCACCGCUCCGACCCAAUCGGAGAACGGCAAAGCAAGACGAGAAAGAGCGAGAUACGUACACACUCGUUCUCGGCCUGUCCCGGGGUGUCGGAUAUGUCAGUGUCAAGUAACGUUUUUGUUUGAAAACCGAUCCAUGUCGUAUCCUUAGCAAAUUUUUGACGUAUCUUAAAGUUCGAAUCAGGCCGUUACACAUUUAAUACAAUCAACCAAUGUUUGUUAGAGCCACACCAAGCUAAUUCUAUACAGACUUGGCAGGGACAAAGUGUAGUAAAGUCAACAGAAAAUGUGACAUAUAUCGCCCUAAGUCCUAAUGAGUCGCUUAACUUCAAAACUCGGGUAAAUCCAUCUGUAAAAGGUAAUAGAGUAGAUAUUUUUACGAGUUUGAUGUUAAGCUACACUAAUGUCCUAUUAAAAGGACAAAAUCAAAUCGAAUUUUGAACUAUAAUGGAAUGGUUCCAAAUUCAAAAUUACUCUGUGACUUAGGAUGAGUGGCACCCCAGUUUGUUCCGUCAAAGUUUGUACAGAUUCAUAGUAUUUGGUAGGUAUUAUUUACAAUUUUUACGCUAAGUGAGUUUGUAAGUUUCCUGCGAGGUUGUGGAGCGGUUAGCGGCGUAAUUAGCAUAGCGUAAUAAACGAAAGACUGGCUAAUGUAACGAUGUAGGUUCGAAUUUGUGCGUGCCGCCAGUGUCUGUGGGCUUUGAAAAAAAAAUGGAUAAUUUGUAGUUUAGUUUUCUACAGUGAUCAUGUUAUUAUCGUUUUAAAAUAUUUUACAACCUAUAAACCACUUUUUGAUUAUAAAAUAGGCAGAUAUAAGGACGGAUUUCAGGAUAGGAUCAGGAUAAAAUAAAUAUCAGUUUUGGUUUAUUAUAUUUUUAAUUAGAAGAAUUAAAAGACAACAUUUAGUCAUAAAAUUAUAGGCAAAAUAUGUAGAGUAGAAGGAAUUAAAGGAGAAUCUUUAUUUCGUGUCAAAUAAUAGGGCAAUCAAAUUCAAAUUAUGUAGCGUGAAUAAAUUAAGUAAUUAUAUAGUGAUAUCUAUUGACCAGUUAGAAAAACAAUAAUAAAUUAAUUUUUUGUAUUAAGUAGUAAAUAGUAAACGUAUCAAUCAGGACAAAUCUUCAGGGAAAAAUCAAAUAUAAAUGAAUAAGAUCACUCAAGUAUCGAACGUAGUCAACGUAGGUAACAACUUGUCUGCACUCUGGGUACCAAAUGAGGCGAUUUAAUUUUCGAUAAAAGGUGGAUAUAGACAAAGUUCCCUUUUCUGUACAUAAUACCUAAGCGUAAUUUCACCGUAGUUAGUCCUGAAAAACAUCCACUGAGUUACGAAAACGUGUGUUAUUUUUCGUAACUCCACGGAAGAUUCAAAAUAUUUAAGUCUCAAGUGGGGAUUUCGUAUUUAUUCCACCCAGAAUCAAGAGCUCAACCGUUAUGAGUUCGCUCCCGGAUUUUUUAUUUAAAUUUUUUUUUUGACAUCUUUGUAUCCUUAGUUUAAACGAUUUAGUACUAAUAUUUCAUAGUCAAAUUAAUCAAAAUUAAACUAUCGUGAGACGUAUUUCAAAAUUUAUAUUUUUAUUUAUAAGUAGUCAAAUAAUAACCAAGAUCCAAUUUUUUGAAGACCACAGACAACGGAGCACAACGGGAGGCAGGUCUAGCGAGUAAAGUGUGUCCUUGUAAAUAAACGCUUCUAGCUAUAAACUAUAUUUAAAUGAUUAUAUUGUAUUCAACGUACCUACCAUGUAAAGUAAGCCGAUAUACCCAGCCCAUGUUAAUCUUUGCUGUUUCGCUUUUUUAUUUUUAGUCUGUGGCCGAUUUUGACAUUCGAAUAUCAAUUCAUUUUAAAUCGGUACCGUAAGAUUAUGGACGGUAUAGAAAGGACGACAAUCUCUUAUGGCAGAACUAUUGCAAAAGUGACCAGCUUUCAGCGGUAAAUAAUAGUUCCUAAUCUCUCCGGUGGCGCUAGUUAGGCUCUGGGACAUGAGUAUAACAUGAACCAUAAAGGCAACAAAUAACCCGACCAAAUUACGUAGGUUGUUUUUGGUAGUAUUUCGGUGUAUGGUGGCGCCGCUUAAUUACUGUUUUUUGAUGGACACUUUUCAUACAUAGAGAUUUGGCUCCUUUAUAUAGUCCCCAUGCGUAAGAUCUUAUCUUAUAAAAUCGCCCAUUAUUGGCCUGAAGAGUAAAAUGUCUAUAAAAAAAUCAUACACAUUUAAUGUCAAAUUGGGAUAACUUAGAAAGCGGGGUAAUUUAGAAAAUGGCAUAUAUCUACAAAACUAGGAGCACUUUCUACUGUAGCAACAGUAAGCAAGAUACUUUGAUAAACGUUGCAGUAGGUGUAGCAUUAAGUGUUGCUAAAAUCUGAAGUGCUACUGGUUUUGUACAUAUUUGCCGUUAUGUAUAUGUAAGUUACAUUGUCUACAUACAUAUAAUCACGCCUAUUUCCCGAAGGGGUAGGCAGAGACCACGAAUUUCCACUUGCUACGAUCCUGACAUACCUCUUUCGCUUCCUUCACUUUCAUAACAUUCCUCAUACACGCUCGCCGGUUUAGGGUGCUCUUGACCUGGCCUAUCUUCAGGAUUUACCCGAUCUGAUCAGAGAAACAUCACCAUGACAUUGUCUAACCAUAUAAAUAGUAGAUUAUUACUUCUGCUGUAUUUCAAGAUAGGAAUUUACUCUUUAAGGCUAAAUUGGACAUUUCACGGUACUGGUUUCAUAAGAAACGUUGAAAUUGGAAUAUCAUUAUUGGUCAUCAGUAUUUAGAAGUUUGGGAAUGAUGGACUGUGAACUGUAUUUUUAUCCACGUAAGACGCUAUUUACUUUGUUAUGUGUUUACACUAUUCUGAGCUAUGACUUUAAUUUAUGAAAAGUGUCGUAGUACAAGAAAUGUAAGUACAAGCUCAGAAUGUGGUAUUCCGUAAGAGUAUUAUACAAGAUAAUGUCAAAAAAAAUUAUAUCAUAUUUUUACUUACUCUAAAAUCUGAUUUUAGAAAUAGAAGUUGAUAAAUAAUAAUAUUUAUUGUUGAAAGUACCUACCAAACUAAAUCAGCACAAAAUGUUUUUUUUUUUAAAGAACACAUCCAAAAAUAUAAUUGAAGCAUUUUUUGUAUAUAAUUGUAAUCGGAUUUUUGUUUUAUCCAAAGAGGAUUGUGUUCAUUUGUAGAAAUGUCAUUUAAUGAGUUAAUUUUGUAUUAUAAUAAUUAUUUAUUCAUCCAGUUCUGCAUUUGUCGGGCAACGCAGGCGCAUAUGAUAGUUAUUUUAUUGUAUUUUUAUGCUCAAAAUGACGUUUAGCCCGUGGCGAUUGGUCGAACGAUCGAGUGAUGUUUGCAUACUAUUCUAAAAUGAAAAUGUCAAUAAAAUGGUAUUUUAAAAAGUAAA